CACCCACGCCUGAUGGUCUAACUCUCAAGCUGAGUGAAGGGGGAUUUUCAGAGAACGACUAUAGAGUGUGACUUCCUUUUCAACUAACAUACCGGGAGUAUUYUAGAACAGCAGCGCUCGUCAAAGGAAAUCUCUUCUCUACUCUUCUCAGUGUGUGUUUGUGGGUCUCUAGCUACCAGUCAGUCACAGAGAGAUAGGGAGGACGUACAGCCAGAGGAAACAGACAUACWACUCCUAACAGAGAUGUCUGUUGGACCCCUCUCCUCCUUCUCCAAACAGGGAAUACUCCUACUCUCUAUCCUCCACUAUGGUGUGGGUAUUUCUCUGUUCAACAAAGCAGUGGGGGACUCAGUGGAGCUGCCCUCAGGCUUAGAAAGGGAAGGUAUCAAGUCAAUGGAGUGGAAGUAUAAAGAAAUGGUCAUUGCAGAAUUUGAUGGGUACGUUUCCUUACCAAGAUCACAGUUUGAGGGGAGGCUAGAGAUGAACGACAGUAACUUCAGUUUAAUAAUAAGAGAGCUGACACUGCAAGACUCUGGGGAAUUUGUAGUUUCUGCCGCAUCAAACAAAGGAGGCCAGAUUCCAACCAAGACCAUCCAUCUUCAAGUCCAUGAGCCUAUAUCCAAGGUGGUGAUCCAGAAGGAGAUCACGCUAUUGGCCAACCAGUCCUGUUCAGUGUGGCUGCUGUGCAACGUGUCAGUCGGCUCCAACCUCUCCUACACCUGGGAGAGAGGGAAUGAGACGUACAGGGACAACGAGCMGAUACACUUCUCUCUGUCACCAGCAGACGGAGACAUCAGUGUAACCUGCAACGCCUCCAACCCAGUCAGUGAGAAAUCUGCCUCAGCAACAGUGAAGUGUAGUAAUGACACAACCACCCCAGAGUAUGAUACAUGGAUGAAGUGGUAUAGGAUCUACAUCGUGGUACCAGUAGGUGUCGCUGUGGUGCUGAUCCUCACUGYAGCUGUGGCAGUGUAUUACUGCAGGGGGAGCUGUAACACGGCUGAUGUAACUGACGACACAAGAAUGAAAGAUACUCUGUAUGACAAGAUCACAUUUGGACGCCAGCCMGAMRMCCCCUSUUCUUCYUACCAGGAAGUACUGUGAGCUGAACAGGACGUGGUCAUAAGCUGGGCUUCUAUAGAUAUAGAACCCUCUGCAUCCUCUGCAUCCUACAUGUGUACCUUCUGUAACAGAUGUUUCAUUUCAUCACAACCUGCACAUUUCUGUUUUUAUUUUCUUACUUGUUCAGAACUGCAACCUUUGUCUGUUUAUGGUCAUUGUGUGGUACAACUUGUUAUUUUCAAGAUAUUCAGAGUUACAUAACUUUUUGUUAGGUUCUAUUGCAUUCUAUUGUUGCAUUAACU